UUUACCCCGCCUCUCACUUCCGGGUGUUUUCAAUGGGGAAAUCUUUUCGCGUUUAACAAUAUUGUGUUAUUACACCACGUUUACGUAUUUUUCUCGUCAAAAAUGAACAGAAUAUUCGGACGUGGUAAACCAAAAACUCCUCCUCCGAAUCUUUCGGACUGCAUCGGCAAUGUGGACGCCAGGGCAGAGUCUAUCGAGAAGAAGAUCAGCAGGCUGGACGCAGAACUCUUCAAAUACAAGGAGCAGAUGAAAAAGAUGAGAGACGGACCUUCCAAAAACAUGGUGAAGCAGAAAGCCAUGCGAGUGCUGAAGCAAAAGAGAAUGUAUGAGGGUCAGAAAGAACAGCUGUCUCAACAGUCCUUCAACAUGGAGCAGGCCAACUACACCAUUCAGACGCUGAAGGACACCAAGUCCACAGUGGAGGCCAUGAAGACUGGAGCCAAAGAGAUGAAAAAAGCUUACAAGGAUGUCAAACUCGACCAGAUCGAUGAUCUGCAGGACCAACUGGAGGACAUGAUGGAGGACGCCAGCGAGGUUCAGGAGGCCCUAAGUCGCAGUUACGGCACACCUGAUAUUGAUGAGGAUGAUCUGGAAGCAGAGUUGGAUGCGCUGGGUGACGAAUUGCUGCUGGACGAUGACAGUUCUUACUUGGACGAGGCCUCGGCCGCUCCCUCCAUUCCUGAGGGCAUGCCCGGAGAAAGCAAAACAAACAAGGAUGGCGUCUUGGUGGACGAGUUCGGCCUGCCGCAGAUUCCCGCCACUUAAACGCAUGUGUCAGAUGCACUUUUGACUGAAUUUGUUUAAUGUACUGUAGAUUAACACUUGUGAACUGCAGUAUAGUGGACUGUCCUUUAAGUUUGGGCUGUGCUGCUCUAGUGUGAUUGACAAGUAACAUACUCAUUUAUUUAAUCAAAAAAAUAUAAUUUCACCUCAUGUUUUUAGCAUUAUUAUUAUGAUAGUCCGUUUAUUUUGGUUUCUCAGUAUCGUUUUGUGCUUUGGUAAUGGAUUUGAGAGUGUCUGCAGAUUUAAUGUUGCAAUUAAAUCUUGAUUAAUUAUGA